UGUUUACAUUAAUAAAAGGUAAAAUAGAGUACUUAAAAGGCACCUGACGUGCCCGAAUAUCCCUAUAUUGGCCACCCAAAACUAAGAACCGUGUGCAUGCUUAAGAGCGUGGGCCUUGCUCAGCGCGGGGGUGGGGGAACUGGCAAUGCGAACAAAGAGCAAUUAAAGCGAUAGGGGGCAGUGAGACAGAGACAGCGAGAACUGCAGUGCUCGCCUGCUUUCUCCUCCGUCUCUCCGCCACUCUUUCCCCCGCAUUCCGCAUUCCGAUAGAGGCCUGUUGUGAAACGAAAGACGCAGCAGAAGCAGCGGCGGCAGCGGACCAGCGGACAGCAGUUCGAUGAAGUGCUUAUGAGCUCUAGCUAAGCAGCAGGACGGCAGCCAAGGAACACGGAGACGCGACGGAUCGGGGUCCGGACCUGGAACUGGAUCACGAGGUGCAAGGUGCUAGGAGCUAGGCUUUACGUCAAAAUCAACGGACACUGGAGAGCAGCAGGUGACCUAGUUUUGCCCAGCAGAGGGACGAUCCCACACUUGGAUUAGAGGACGCUUGGCUGGCGUUUCUGUGCAACUCCUUCCUGGGGCUGUUCUGUUGUGUUAUUAUUGAUCUAGGAGCAUCAACGUGCACUGCCAUUAGCUAUAACCUUAAUAUACACUCAUCGUAGCCAUCGUAGCCUACCUAACGUAAUUAGCAUACUUGACUUAACGAGCAGCAUGUCCAACUCCCACUACAACAACUACCAGCAGCAGCAGCCGCACUCCAGCAAUGGGGACAACGGCGAGUACCAGCACCAGCAGAUGGUGCACCAGCCGCAGCGGGGGUUCUCCAACGGCCACGGCGGCGGCGGCAUGAAGAGCGUGGCGGUGCCGGAUAUGUGCCUCUUUUGCUUCGAGGUGCUCGACUGCGAGCUGAACAACGUGGACGGGCCGGCUAUGCCGAUGUUCAGCAACGACGCCUAUCCGCUGUUCGUCACCUGGAAGAUUGGGCGCGACAAGCGGCUGCGCGGCUGCAUUGGCACCUUUAGCGCCAUGGAGCUGCAUCAUGGUCUGCGGGAGUACGCCCUGACCAGCGCCUUUAAGGACUCUCGCUUCGCUCCCAUUUCACGCGACGAGCUGCCACGGCUGACGGUCUCAGUGUCGAUCCUGCAGAAUUUUGAGGAGGCACAGGGUCACUUGGACUGGCAGCUGGGUGUGCAUGGGAUCCGCAUAGAGUUCCUUACGGAACGCGGUUGCAAGCGGACGGCCACCUACCUGCCGCAGGUGGCCACCGAACAGGGCUGGGAUCAGCUGCAGACCAUCGAUUCGCUGCUGCGCAAGGGCGGCUAUCGGGCGGCCAUCACCCAGGAGAUGCGAAAGUCUAUCAAGUUGACGCGCUACCGCUCGCAGGAGAUCCAGAUGCACUACAAGGAGUACCGGGAGCAUCAGGAACGGCGCGCCCAGUUCGGAAAAGUGCAGUGCUAACAAUUGGACAGGCCGCCGGCAAGGCGAUGAUCCUGGCUGAGGGCAAGCCUGCUGGCCAUCGUCCUCGUGCUGCUGCUUGCCUUUGAGUUCGUCCCAGCAUGGCGGCCGUUCGCCUGAGCCAACAGCUGUGCAUCUCCUCCGCUGGCAAUUUGACGCCCUCUGCUGAUCUUCAUCUUCUUUGAAACGUUGGGCGUACGUGAAUUGAUCGCCCUUUAAUUACGUUUAUGUAACUUUUAAAUGCUUAACAUACUUAAGCGGCAGCGGGACUUCUUUCCGACGAAGCGCCUUGCUGGUUUUUCUUUUAAAUCAAACCCAGACACAAACUAAACAAAGCAAGCAUAUAGUAUAUAUAGGUUAUAUAUUACCGAAUCCAUAUACAAUACAAAACGCAGCAGAUAUGCAAUUCAAGUAAUACGUUCAGCAAUUAUAUAUAUUAAUAGAUUUAACAACUAAACCAAUUACAUUACUAAUUCUAAUUAUAUUCGCAUUAAAUAAAGGCCGACCCCUUCCGAGUCGCACAAGACAAUGCCAAA